AACUAAGAAGCAAAACAGGAAGUGACUGUUGGCGGGAAUUUCUUUUCGUGUUAUGAAAGUUGGACCGUGGCUUUUCAAAGACAGGCUUAGUUUAUACAAAUUGAAUGUUCAGGAUCAGUUUUUGCCAACACCAGACCGUCAUCAAGUAAAGGUUGAAUAUGAGGGCUGAUUUGGAUAAAAUAGUGACUUUGUCAGAUGGAGACAGUACCACUGAGCUUCAGAAAUACCUGUCCUCUCUUAAUAAUGACCAGCUGAUCACCGUGAUUACGAAUGGUGCAUUAAAGGGUAAGAAGGUCGGCUCGAUGAUUAAAGGCAUAUUCAAAGGCUCACCCUCCAAUUCCACUGAAGGAUCAAACCGCAGACUUAUUGUUUAUCAACACUGCAUCCCUCUGUGUGAGUCUGGGGAUCUUCAGACUGAGGUGGCAGCAGAUAUCAUUGGAUUGCUGAUGCUGGAGGCUCACACACUCUCUGGGUCCUCUCUUGCACAAGUGGCGUCUCUUUUCGUUGAAGCCAUUAAGGUGGGGAAAAUGGGCAGUGGGAAAUCACUGGAGUUGUUUCCUACAGUGCUUACUGCCCUUUCAGCGUGUGAGGCGUUGUCUUAUGGCAAAGGUGAACUUAAUGGUGAGGAGUACAAGAAACAGCUGAUCAACAGCCUCUGCUCCAGCAGAUGGGAUCCCCAGUCUGUCAUCCACCUGACAACCAUGUUCAGGGAUGUGCCUUUGUCAUCAGAGGAGCUGCAGUUCGUGGUUGAGAAAGUGUUGAGGAUGUUUAACAAACUGGAUCUGCAGGAGAUCCCACCUUUGGUUUAUCAGCUGCUGCUAUUAUCUGCAAAGGGUUGUAAGAAACAGGUCCUGGAUGGCAUUAUCGGUUAUUUUAAGGAGCAAGAUGUUCGCCAGGAGGAAGAGCAGAAACAUGGAGAGAGCCUGGAUCUAGAGGUUCAGUCCAUCCCUCAGGACCAGCUAAGGCAUGUGGAGGGUACUGCUAUCCUCCACAUUGUCUUUGCUAUACGACUUGAUCAUGAACUCGGGAGAGAAUUUCUUAAAAGCAUAAAGACGUCUUAUGGUGACUUGUGCCCUUUCAGCGUUGCUUUGCUGCUCUCAGUUGCACGCAUUCAGCGUUAUGAAGAGCAGGUGUUUGAACUUAUGAAGGGGGCAAUUAUCAAGAGCUUCAAGGAUGAGCAGCUGCAGCAGGGGUCAAAGUUCCUACAAGACCUUCUGCCUGAACACUGCAGCGUGGCUCAGAUGAUACUGGACACAGUUAAGAACAGUGUGUUUGGCUGGGAUCAUGUGACCCAGGGGCUUGUGCAGCUUGGCUUCUUUCUUAUGGAUAACUUGGGACCCAAACCUGGACCUUUUGGAAAGACUAUUGAAGGCUCUUCUACCAUAGCCCGGACCCCUGCUCAGCAGGCUUGUAAGCUGGGAAGACAGGUUCUCCUGCAGGGCUUUAAGAUGCACGAGCCUAUCAGAGGAGAGAUACUGGAGCAAGUAUUGAAUCGUUUGGUCACAAAGACGGCCUCACCUGUCAGUCAUUACUUGGACCUUUUCUCCGACAUUGUCAUUUCUGCUCCCAUGAUCCUUCUGGAGUCAUCCUCAAAGGUGACAGAGACAUUUGACCACCUGUCAUACCUGCCGUUAGCCACAGUUCAAGGUCUACUUAAAGCAGUCCAGCCCCUGCUCAAAGUCAGCAUGUCCUUAAAAGAUAAUCUGAUUCUAGUUCUCCGGAAGGCCAUGUUUUCCAGCCAACUGGACGGCAGGAAGUCCGCAGUCACCGGCUUCUUGCUGCUGUUGAAGAACUUCAAAGUGUUGGGCAGCAUGGCCUCCAGCCAGUGUAGCCAGGCAGUCUCCUCUAGCCAGAUCCAGGUAGACGUUCACUCUCGUUACAACUCUGCUGCAAACGAAGCGUUCUGUCUGGAGAUCCUUAGCAGUCUGCGUCGCUGCCUCGGCCAGCAGGCUGAUAUUCGUCUCAUGCUCUAUGAGGGUUUCUAUGACGUCCUUCGCCGCAACUCUCAACUUGCAAGCUCCAUUAUGCAGACCCUCUUCUCACAGCUGAGGCGGUACUAUGAACCUGAACAGGACCUCCUGCCCCCAGUAAAACUGGAACCGUGCAUCACAGCUCUCGGAAACCAAGUCUAUCUGCAGGAGCCCCUGGCUCAUCUGGUGAGCUGUACUAUACACUGCCUGUUGUGGCUGCAGAACAUGCGCCAGUCAGCCCACCCCAACCCUGAUGACAGUGAUAAUGAUGAUGAAGAGGAGGAGGAGGGGUACCAGACUGAAUUGCAGAUGAUCCUGGAGAGCAUGACAAGACGCAUGAUCAAGUGUGAACUGGAGGACUUUGAACUGGACAAGUCAGCCGAGUUCUCCAUGAGUUCCAGCGUUGGGGUGAAGAACAAUAUCUAUGCUGUGCUGGUGAUGGGAGUGUACGAGGUCCUUAUGGAGUUCAGCUUUACCAAAGCAAACUACAUUAAGAGCCACUUUGAGGAGCUCUUGGAGUUGUUCAACCGCUAUCACAAGCUGUCCGACAUCCUGAAGGAGAAAUCCGGAAAGGGUCGAGUUCCCUCACACAAGACGCCGCGCAGUUUGCUCUCCUUGGGCUUCAUAUCGACUCUCCUCACUGUGCUUUUCAGGGACAGUACUCAAAGCAGAGAGGAGGCUCUCUCAGUGCUUCGCUCCAGCGGAGAAUUUGUGCGUUAUGCAGUCAGUGUGGCUGUGCAGAAGAUCCAGCAGCUAGAGGAACAUGGACACGCAGAUGGCUCAGACGGACAGAACACAGACAAAACUUUCCAGUUCCUUUGUGAAAUGACAAGUGUGCUGAUGUGGCGCUACACCAACAUCCCCAGCGCUGUGGAGGAUGCAGGGAAGAAGGAGAAGCGCUCCAGCUUGUCUCUGCUGUGUCUGGAAGGUCUACUCAAGAUCUUCACAACCUGCCAGCAGCGCUAUCCGGAUAGGAUGCCUCAGCUCCUCUCUACCAUGGACAUCGCAGAGGACAAUGAAGAGCCAGACGAUGGCACAGAGAUGAACUUCUUUUACAUCCGACAGUUUCAGAGGGCGCUGUUUACUCAGUUAAGCGGCGGUGAGGAUGAAUUCAACAGCAAAGAGGCUCAGCUGCUGGUGAGCAUCUUGACUGUGCUUUCACGCCAGCUAAAGCCGUCCUCUCAACAGUUUGUUCAGAUGAUCACGUGGACAGUGAAAGUAUGUAAGGAGACCAGCUUUGAGGAUUCACCUUUCUCCAAGGGCCUGCUCUCCCUUCUAUUCAGUCUGCAUGUUCUCUACAAGAGUCCAGUAAGUCUGCUGUUGGAACUCUGCCAGGACAUCCACAGCCACCUGGGAGAUAUUGAUCAGGAUGUGGAAGUGGAAAAACAGUCUCACUUUGCCAUCAUCAACAUGAAGACUGCAUCCACAGCAGCCCUGCUGGUCCUGUCUCAGGUUGGCCGAGUGCUCGAUGAAGUGGACUGGCUAAUUGCCAGAAAGAAAAGCCACAUGCCCUCUGACAAAUCCGGCUCUGGUGAUGCCACUCAGACUGCAGGCCAGCAAGAUCUGAUUGAGAAAGCAGUGACUCUGCAGCUUGGGACUCUUUUGACAGCAUUAAAUGAACUGGUGCAGACAGCCCUGCUGCCUGGCACCUGGACCAUCACACUGCUGAGAGAACUGAGCCGCACAUACACCAUCCUGACUACUUUGGUCAAAUAUUACAUUCAGAUGUGUUCAAGCCAGCAUGGUUCACUGCCGGCACGCUUUGAAAAGCUGGUCAAACUGUCUGGUUCUCACCUGACACCACAGUGCUACUCAUUCAUCACAUAUGCACAGAAUGGAGAACUCGGUGGUGGAGGUUCAGAUGACAAGAAGAAAAAGAAAAGGAGUGAAGUCAGCACUGCUGCCUCUGCAAAACUUCUGCGCGAGACAACGGCCAUCCCUAACUUAAUCUUCAGCAUUGAGCAGUAUGAGAAGUUCCUCAUCACACUAUCAAAGAAAUCAAAGGUAAAUCUGAUGCAGUACAUGAAGCUGAGCACCUCAAGAGACUUCCGCAUCAACGCUGCUACUCUGGAUGCAGCGCUGCAGGAGCAGGAUGAGAAUGACGAGAACACAGAGUCACAGGAAGCCGAAGAAACUCAAGAACCCAAACAGAAGAAAAGAAAACAGUGACACUCUGCUCCUGUUUGGUUAACACAACUCCACAUCCCUCUCUGGUCUCGAACUUGAGCAGCUGCUGAACGGGCAGUGGGCACUUUGAACUGUUCCAAAUAUCUGACGCUUAUCUCCCUUUGUUCAGAGAGCCUUUGGUGAUGUCGAGGAUUUGGUAGAUGUCCAACGCCUCACCUGUGGAGAGUUUUGCACACAAUGUUAUAAAGCUGGCUGUGUUCCUAUAGACGUCAACAUUGAUGAAAAUAAAUGUUUAGUAUGUGGCAUGCUUUUGUUAAGUUAAAUAUCAACUGUAUGGUGUGUUGUUUUUUUCUACUGUAAUUUCCAUUUUACACCCUUUUAGGGUUUCAAGGACUACUCUGACUCAUUCAAGGAUAGUGAAGUCGUUACAACAUAAAGCAGUCCCUCGCACACCCUGGCAGGGUGGGGACUCAUCGGUUCCUAUACACAAAAAUGCAAACUGAGGAGAUUGUCAAUUUUUGUAAAUUGCUGUUUUGUUUGAAAAUAAAUAUUUUCUUAUUCUGUUUUUA